GGGAGGAGAGGCUCGGCUGCCAGAUUCAACUGGAAAGGAACCAGUCCCAGUCCAGCCACAACCUGGGAGCUGGGAGCAGGAGGCAGCCCAGACCUCCUGGAGCCCUUCUGUCCCUGGGACAGAGAGGGAGUCAGGACACAGCUGAAGGCGAGGGCCAGGGACGCAGGAGAAGAGCCCACCUAGACUGAAAGGGGGUGACUCAGGGAGAAAGAGGAAGAGAGGCAGGAUCAGAGAGCCUGGCACACAGACAGGAGACAGGCCAGGAAGAAGAGAGCUGAGAAAGAGACCCAAAGAAAAGCAGAAAACAGAGAGAGAGAGAGAGAACCUGAGCUGGGACACAGGUCUUGCAGGAAGGAGACUGACAGCUGAGGAGACAGACAGGGAGGUGCUGGGACAGAACCCCAAAGGGUGGCUUCCCAGGGAAGCCCAGCAGCAGCUCUUCUGCCCGGACUCCAGCAGGCUCAUGAAAGGAGAGUGUCGAGAGGAGGAGGGGCUGGGCCCCAAACCCGCGGCCCCCCAGCAGCCCACAGAGGAGGAGGAGGCCCUGAUCGAGUUCCACCGCUCCUACCGGGACCUCUUCCAGUUCUUCUGCAACAACACCACCAUCCAUGGUGCAAUCCGCCUGGUGUGCUCCAAGCACAACCGCAUGAAGACGGCCUUCUGGGCCGUGCUGUGGCUCUGCGCCUUCAUCAUGAUGUAUUGGCAGUUCGGCCAGCUGUUCGGGGAGUACUUCAGCUACCCCGUCAGCCUCAACAUCAACCUCAACUCCGACAAGCUUGUCUUCCCUGCUGUCACCAUCUGCACCCUCAACCCCUACAGGUACACGCAGGUUAAAGAGGAGCUGGAGGAGCUGGACCGCAUCACCGAGCAGACGCUCUACGACCUGUACAAAUACAACUCCUCCAAUACCCUGGGGGCCCACCCCCGCGGCCGUCGCGACCUCCGGGAGCCCUGGCCGCACCCCCUGCAGCGCCUGCGGGUCCCGGCCCCGCCCUCCGGGGCCCGCCGAGCCCGCAGAGCCGCCUCCAGCGUGCAGGACAAUAACCCCCAAGUGAACAGGAAGGACUGGAAGAUCGGCUUCCAGCUGUGCAACCAGAACAAAUCGGACUGCUUUUACCAGACUUAUUCGUCAGGGGUGGAUGCAGUCAGGGAGUGGUACCGCUUCCACUACAUCAACAUUCUUUCAAGACUGCCAGACACUUCUCUAUCCUCGGGGGAGGACAUGCUGGACAACUUCAUCUUUGCCUGCCGCUUCAACCAGGCCUCCUGCAAUCAAGCGAAUUACUCUCACUUUCACCACCCAAUGUAUGGGAACUGCUACACUUUCAAUGGCAAGAACAACUCUAACCUCUGGAUGUCUUCUAUGCCUGGGAUCAAAAAUGGCCUGUCCCUGACACUGCGCACAGAGCAGAAUGACUUCAUCCCGCUGCUGUCCACGGUGACUGGGGCCAGGGUAAUGGUGCAUGGGCAGGAUGAGCCUGCCUUCAUGGACGAUGGCGGCUUUAACUUACGGCCUGGCAUGGAGACCUCCAUCAGCAUGAGGAAGGAAGCCCUGGACAGACUUGGAGGCAACUAUGGUGACUGCACCAAGAAUGGCAGCGAAGUCCCUGUGGAGAACCUCUAUCGUUCCAAGUACACACAGCAGGUGUGUAUCCGCUCCUGCUUCCAGGAGAACAUGAUCAAACAGUGUGGCUGUGCCUACAUCUUCUACCCAUUGCCCAAGAAUGCGGAGUUCUGUGACUACAGGAAGCAUAAUUCCUGGGGUUACUGUUACUAUAAGCUCCAGGAUGCCUUUUCCUCAGACCACCUGGGCUGUUUCACCAAGUGCAGGAAACCAUGUAGUGUGACCAGCUACCAGCUCUCUGCCGGUUAUUCACGAUGGCCCUCAGUGACAUCCCAGGACUGGAUCUUCCAGAUGCUAUCCCGACAGAACAAUUACACCAUCAACAACAAAAGAAACGGAGUCGCCAAACUCAACAUCUUCUUCAAGGAGCUGAAAUACAAAACCAAUUCGGAGUCUCCCUCUGUCACGAUGGUCACCCUCCUGUCCAACCUGGGCAGCCAGUGGAGCCUGUGGUUCGGCUCCUCGGUGCUGUCUGUGGUGGAGAUGGCUGAGCUCAUCUUUGAUCUCCUGGUCAUCACAUUCCUCAUGCUGCUCCGGAGGUUCCGAAGCCGAUACUGGUCUCCAGGCCGAGGGGGCAGGGGUGCCCAGGAGGUGGCCUCCACUCCAGCUUCCUCCUUCCCCUCCCAUUUCUGCCCCCACUCCACAUCCCUGUCCUCAUCCCUGCCAGGCCCUGCUAUUUCCCCAGCCUUGACAGCCCCUCCCCCUGCCUAUGCCACUCUGGGCCCCUGCCCAUCUCCAUCCAGCUUGGCGGGGGCCCACUCCUCUGCCUAUACUCUGGGGAAGCCCUGAGCAGGAAAGAGACUGUCCCUCUCCACCCAAGGCAGGCGCUUCCCCUGGUGGGAGGGGACCAGGCUUGGCAGAAUUAAAGAAAGUUUGGGGACUUCCUCUCAGAGCUGCCCAACUGCCUUUGGUGUGAGGGGAGGGAGGCAGGAUGGAUAAGGGGCUGCAGAAAUUGUCUGGCGAACAGGGGCCAAGGAACCUGCCCAGAAUUGCUCCGUACCCUUCUGCCCUGUACCCUCUGGUCCUGCCUCUAGAAGACUCUGAUUCCCCUUCCCCAGUGCAAACAAAUCUGCUUUUCCCUUGGAUCAGCCAAGCCAAACUCGGAGGUUGGACAAGGAACCUUCCUAGGAAACCACUGGUGACUGAAACAAAGCACAAGCAGGUGUGCACAAAGGCACGUGCAGGUUUCCUACCCAAAGAUGACUAAAGCCAAUCCCAGGCCUGGCCAUGCUGUUUUCCAUGACACGAUUGCUCCUCUUCUUGAACUUGAGUGGGGAACCCCACCCAAAAGCCCCCUCUGCUAGUACUUGGGCAAUUCCCCUUCCCAGGGCAGGGCCUGGAGCAGACCAGUCUAGUGAAGGCUUGGCCAUUCCUAGUUGGCUCCAGGACUCUUCCAGCCUCCUCUACUCUGUGCCCCCACAGAGCCAUACCCCAGUGUCUCUGUGUCCUUCAUACCUCUGCGUAUUUGCUUAAGUUAUUUCCUCAGCCUGGAAGCUUUGCACACCAUCUGGAGAAUUCUUGUGCAUCCCUUAGGACCCUGCUCAGACACCACUACUUCUGUGUGAAGACUUCUGCUCCUCUUUAUCUUCCCCAGAUUUGAUCACUUCCCACUCCCCUGGACUUCCACUGCACGGCAUAACAUCUAUUGGAGUGCGGAUGUUUCAUUAUGCUUUCUUGUUCAUUUGUGUCUCCCUCCCCAACUAGACUGUGCGCUCCUUGUGGUCAGGGACAGAGUCUUGUUUGUUUAUAUAUCCUCAGGGACUAGCCCAGUGUCCCUCUUAGAGCAAGUAGGCAGGUGCUCAAUAAAUGUUUGCUGCAUAAAGAA